AUGAGUCCGGUCAAAGUAAGAGUUUUUUUUUAAUUUUAGGGUAUAGGGGGAAAAAUUUUAUAACGAAUGGCUUGGUGGCAUAAAUUUGUUAUAUGUUGUUACAUAGGCCUUCGUUAUACUGGAGUUUCAGAGUAUUUUAGGUAAUUUUUUUGAAUUUUUAAGCUUAUUUCAGGGGUAAAUUUGGCAUAUUAUGAGCGGUAUAUAGCGUAAAGGACUUGAUUUUUAUAAAAAAAAAUAUUUUUUGUGAGAGAUGGACUUUGAAAAAAAUUUUUGAAAAAAUGUUAACGUGCCUCCCCCCUGUUGCAUUUUGGGAAAAAAAUUGCUAGAAAUUAAAAAAUUUUUUUUUGAAUUUUGAUUAUCUGCCUUUUAAAAGUGUUAAUUUGAUGUUUAGUAAGCCCUAUAACAAGAUUCUGGAAAAUAAAAAGCCUAAUUUCGUUAAAAUACUACUGGUAGAUAAUUGAAUAUCCUGUUGUCAAAGCAGGUGUAAACUAUGAAAAAGUAAAGCAAAGUGAAAAGUUUAGGUAAUUUUGUAAUAAGUUUUUUAGUUUAUAAUAAUUAGGUUUGCACAGCAUGUUUGAGACUUUAUAGUAUAGUUUUUGCUUUCAUGUUAUGACGAAAUCUUUUACAUAUAAAGUUAACGUUUUAAACAUAAAUUUUUAGUUACAAAAUUUGAAGUAAAAAAUUAAAUUUUAAACUAUAAACCUUUAUAUUUCAGUCGCUGGUGAACGAAAACCUUAUCAACUGUAAGAUCCAAGAGCACAAAGUGAAUAGAGAAGAGCGUGCUGCCAUCCUAGGACAUCACGCCGGAUUCCGUGGCUGCACCCUCUGGUUCACUGGUCUCUCUGGUGCCGGAAAGACGACAUUGUCAUUUGCAUUGGAGAAGAUCCUAAUCCAGCUUGGCAUCCCAGCCUACGGUCUCGAUGGUGACAAUGUUCGACAUGGCUUAUGCAAGAACCUCGGCUUCCAAAAGGAGGAGCGUGCUGAAAACAUUCGACGUGUUGCCGAACUCUCCAAACUUUGUGCUGAUAUGGGUAUGGUAAUGUUGGCGUCAUUCAUCUCCCCCUACCGAUGCGACAGAAAUAAUGCCAGAGAGAUUCACGAGAAGGACAACUUGAAAUUCUUUGAAAUCCACGUCAGCACAUCAUUGGAAGUCUGUGAAGCUCGAGACAUUAAGGGCUUGUACAAGAAGGCCAGGUUGGGACAGAUCCGCGGAUUCACUGGAAUCGACGCCGAAUACGAGGUACCUGCCAAGCCGGACCUUACCUUGGAUACCGCUCAACUGUCCGAAGCUGAAUGUGUCAAGAAGUUAUUGAAAUUCUUGGUUGAGGAGGAGAUUCUUCCCAAAGAGGUACGGUUUUUGAUUGUUUUUGUGUUUGAUCAAUAUUCAUAGGACUUAUUUUACAUUAUUAAAAUAGCAAAAACUUUGUUUACAAAGCAAAAUAUGGCAAAAUCUUUCUUUACAAAGUCAAAAAUUCCAAAAACUUUCUUUACAAGCUCAAAAAUGGCAAGAACUUUCUUUACAAGACUUUGAAUUUAUACGUUUCAGCUGUUCGACCACUACAACGAGCCUCCAGUGAAAGAGUUGUUCGUAAAAUCAGAAGAAGAGAAGAAAACAUUGCUCGAAGCUGCCAAAGACGCUCCAGAAGUCGAAAUGGAACUGGUCGACCUCCAAUGGCUUCAAGUUUUGGCCGAAGGCUGGGCCACUCCAUUGACCGGCUUCAUGAGGGAACGACAAUACUUACAAUCACUCCACUUUGAUCAAGUCUUCGACCUCACCAAGAAAUGUGCUCAACUAAAUGGCGGAUCGGCGGAGGUCAGCGAACGAACCCCCCUCUACGAGCCAAUCAGCCAGAGUGUACCAAUUGUACUACCUAUCUCGACGGAACAAAAGGACAAGAUUGGCAAUGCCAAAAUGGUCAAACUGAACUAUAACAGCAAGUUGGUGGCUGUGCUGGAGGAGCCAGAAGUUUUUGUUCACAAUAAAGUGGAGAGAGUGCAAAGACAGUUCGCUUGUACUGACGUGAGACAUCCAGCCGUGGAGAUGAUUUUGAACAGCGGAGAUUGGUGCUUGGGAGGUGAUGUGAAGGUGUUUGACAGAAUUGUGUAAGUUAUUUUGUGUUUUGAGUAAUUUUGAUAGUUUAAAAAUCAUUAUAAAGAUUCGAAAAAAUUGAAUUUUGGGCGGAUAUGGAAAAAUUCUUUUUUGACAUAUUUUGCAAUUUAAAAACAAUUUUUUACAGUUUUUUUGGAACUAAGGACUUUUAAGGCUUUUAGACUAUUUAUUUUUUAUCAAAUCUCUCUGUUCCUUAUACCUAAACUUUAAAUUUUCAGUUACAACGACGGCUUAGAUCAAUACCGCAAGACCCCAAAUGAACUCCGUGCUGAAUUUGCCGAAAAACAGUCAGACUGUGUGUUCGCGUUCCAACUCAGAAACCCCAUCCACAAUGGCCACGCCUUGCUGAUGAGAGAAACCAGGGAAAUGUUGUCUAAACGCUACCAGAAGCCCAUGCUCCUUCUUCACCCACUGGGAGGCUGGACCAAGGACUCAGACGUGCCUUUGGAAAUCAGAAUCCGUCAACACGAGGAAGUCUUAAAGUCGGGAGUUUUGAGCAACGACUGGACUGUCCUAGCCAUCUUCCCAUCGCCCAUGCUAUACGCCGGUCCAACGGAAGUUCAGUGGCACGCAAGGGCACGUGUAGCCGCUGGGGUUUCAGCCUACAUUGUUGGUCGUGAUCCAGCUGGAAUUCAAGACCCAAAAACUGGUGGAUUCUUGUACGACCCAACUCACGGUGCCAAAGUUUUGGCUAUGACUCCAGGAUUGACAGAGUUGGAGAUCAUUCCGUUCCGUGUCGCCGCCUACGACAAGAAGAACGGCUGUAUGGGCUUCUUUGACGAAUCCAGGAAAGAGGACUUUGACUUCAUUUCGGGCACAAGGAUGCGAGGCUUGGCCAGGGCUGGCGAAGAACCACCAGAGGGAUUCAUGGUGCCAGAGGCGUGGACUGUAAGUUUUUAGUUUUUUUCUAGUGCUUAAAAGUGAAAAAAAAGUGUAUUAAUUUAGUCAAAAAAAUAUAAAAAAAUAGUACUAUUUUGGUUCAAACAUACCUAAAAUGGUACCAUUUUCGUCAAAAAGUAUCUAAAAUAGUAAUCUUUUGACCGUAAAACCUUAGUUUUGCUUGUAUCAUACUUAUCUUACCCGUUUCAGGUGCUGGCCGAUUACUACAAAUCCAUUGCUCAAUCAAAAUAA